AGUUCCUUUCGAUUUGAUCGAGGAGCCAAGAAUCUAUCGGGAGAAGGAAGGUAUGGUGUCACAAAAACUUCGUCCCUUCUCAAACAAGGAAGAUAUGAUGUCACAAACACGGCCCUGUUUUUUUGUCCUUGGGUUUGUGCCUAUCUUAAGGACCAUGCACAGAAAAUUGAAACUCAUGAGAAGAGUUUGGGUUUUGUGGAAUGCAAUCCGAUUGAAAACGUGGAUCGCAUUUUCAGGGCCUUUUUUAACAUACUAACUAGGGAGGGGGGUGGCAAUCGCCCCUAUAGCCCCAGUGAAUUUCCAUUGUUUUAAACAAUCAGCUAUUGUUUUUCUCGUUAUAUAAACAAAUGAUUGCCCCCCCCCCAGCCGGUUUCCCUUCGAAUAGGCUAUGCACAUUUAGAGGUGAAUUUAUAGAGUCAACCGCUUUUCUUGCACCAUAUGCUUAGUCUUCGGGAACAAAGUACACUGCUUUAUUGCGUAUGAACAGCAUGUUGAAAAAUUUGAUCUCCAAUAUUGGAUGUUCAACCUGUGUAUACUUAAUGCCCGGACUGCAACCUGCUAAUGUUUGCUGGAGUUUAAUUAAAUUUAAUUUACUGUUUUUUAAACUUUAGAUAGCUAAACCGUCAGAAAAUUCAUUUCAAAGGUUCUUCCUAAAAGUAAACUGUAAUAUAUGCACAAACACUAUAUUAAUUGGUUUGUAAAAAAUAUUUGCUAGAGAUACUUUAGAGUUUCGCUUUCAUCUGAAAUACGAAAACGUGCUCUGGUGUUUCAAACAGCUUUUUAAACUGUCUAAAGAAGUCAUCGACAGCUUUGCUUCGUUAAAAGAUAAUGUUGACUCAAACUGAAGAGCGUUAGGCAUAAUUAGCCCAAAGUAUUUGUUCAUCUUUCUCGUGUUUGAAAUAAUGAAGAGUAAUCGACUAUAGCCGGUAGCGGACCAUAAUUAUUUAACCCUGCUUUAUGCUGUUACUAUUUGUCAAUUAUCCGGAGUUGGUCAUUGAUGCUCAUGCUUUUAUUCCCAGUGUCCUUGUCGUUUUGCCAAUUUACCGACAGCAACGUGUACAUAAUUAUUCUGUUACCUCCUCAUCUUGGACACCUUAUUGCUGUUUAAGCUCAUCAAGCAAGCACUUCGAGGCUUGCUAAAAGAAGAAACCAAGCCGUGGAUCCAAUUUGUCACACGAAAUGAAGCCGAUAUAUAGUGGUAUGGCAUUGUUAGCAGUCACAUUCUGCAUUUCAACAGUUGCUGAUAAAAUCGAUUAUAAACUGACGAUAAAGACCGGACGCGGACUGUUAGCUGGAACAGAUUCUGUAUACUUACUUACAGUUUGGAGUGGAAACCACAGCAGUGUAGCGUUUGAGGUAAAUGGAAAGGCAAAUAUAUUGGAGAGGGGAAGCGAAGAUCAGUUGUCAUUUAACGAGAAAGAACUUCCUGGAAUAGAAUACGUUACUAUUCAACGAGUUUCUCCAUAUGAGUUUUUUCAGGGUUGGUUUCUCUCUUGGAUCAAAAUAGAAGUAAGGGGUGCAGUUUAUCAAGUAGUUGUCAAUAGAUGGAUCAAAGACAAUUUCAAACACAGAUACACGGCUAUUUUGGAAUCUUGUCCACGCAACUCCCGAAGAAUUCAGUACUGCAAAGCACCAGACAAUUGAUAAAAUGGAAUCUUGUAAGCCAAACACUGGAAGAGAGCGAUACUGGCAAAGCUAUACUCCAGACAAUGCUGUUUUCGCCGUAUUUAAAUUGUCUCUAUUAAGGCUUUACCCUCAAAGAUUGAUUGCUGGUUAAAAGACCAUCACAAUGACGUUCCAAUAGUGUUUUUAAUGUUUUGCGUUAGUGUGAAGGACUUUUGUGUAGAGACAAAUAUUCCUCAACAUUUUAUUUUGAAAUAAGUUUUCUUUCUAUAAACUACAAUCUUUCUAAAAAUAUGGCUUACCUGAACGAAGGUAAAGAAGCAUAUUAUUUCUCCAUUUUCGAUAAAUAUUUGAAAAGGGGUGAAAUGAAUAUACAGAGAGAAAUAGCCACAUUUUUUGUAAUAACUUAAAUCUAGAACAAAGGAUUGAGCCCCCCUCCCAUCCUGUCUAGUUUAUAUUGAUGAUAGCACGCCAAAGCUAACAAAAAGUAAAAGUAAUGCAUUCAAAGAGCUCAAAACUCUUUCAAUGGUUUUACAUUUUCUUACUAUCCUGUCCUCUUGAAAGUCAUUAGGGUUUUAUUUCUUGGUCACCCACUCCCCCUCUUAUCUCUCGUUAUUCUUGUCUGAUUCUCUAAAUUAGUACCCACCUAAAAUUUCACCAUUUUAUUACUUCAACUCAAGAUUAAGAUUUGAAAUUUUAAUUAGAAAAUUUUCAACUAAACUAUUUCAGUCUGAACGUGUCUAAUGCCCCUUCCACAAAACCGUUUCAUGCAGCCAAUCGCUUUUUGCAAGAAUGUUUUCAUAAACCCUUCAAAACCGUUAUUAGUCUACCUAUGGAAAGAGUUUUUUGAUAGUGCUGCCUAAUUUUUUCAGGCGCUGAGAAGACAAACCAAUGUUUAUAUUAUUGAGAUUUUCUUGCAGAGUAAAUGUAUCCAGCUGUUUGGUUUUUAGAGUAUUAUCGAUCUUGCUAUCGGACGUAAAUGUUAUUUGUAUCAAUAGCGGCGACACGCAGGGACAAGGGGAUACAGCCCCCAAUUCUCGGCAAGAUUGAUUAUGUAUUUCGUCUAAAUUUGAUGAGAACAUUUCGGGGAAGGGGGAAGAGUAGUUACUUGUUUGUAAACGGGCUUUUUCUAGCGGUAAAAAUAUUACGUCUAUUUUUCUCAUAAAUACAUACGUCGUGUUCUUCUCUCAUUUUCUAAAUCUGACGUCCUUUCUUGACAAAAAGCAACGUCGCCCUUUGGUGUUCCUCAAAGAAACCAGAAGCAAUUAACAUACAAAACUGAAAGAUCGUUUCCCCUUCACAACCUGUGAAAUGGUUUACAAAGUGGUGGAUUCAAAGAGAGAAUGAAAGUUGCUUUCAGUAUCCUAUAGAUGGAAAUCUGAAAUGGAAACAGGAAAAGAAAAAGGUCGAUAGAAAAAUACUACAUUAAGUGCAAUGCUAAGAAACAUUUGAGUUUUAAUACCUGGACAUUUGAAAAGAUGAAUUACCGCACAAUAGUACCAAAUAUAGCUUUAUGUAUGCUAAUACGAGGGACAUGGUCUAAAUCUUAUAAAAAGGACUUGAAUGUGACAGAUGAAAAAGGCAAAAGAAGUGAAGAAAAUAGACAUUUUAAACAACGAUGUUUUUAGAAAUUUAAACUGGACUAGAAUAUGUUAUAUUCAUAAAAGAAAGGUUGCCACUGAGAUGCAUAGAAUAGUGAAAGGAACAGAGGUACAUAAAUUAAAUGACAUGUCUGAAACCUUCAUAAUAAUUCAUUUUUGGCUAAUACUUUGAUACCUUUAUUUAAUU